AUGAUUUACGUCUUUAAUCGCAACGGCUGCAUCUUCUACCGGGAAUGGUACCGUCCGAACCCGCCAAACACGGACGAUCACAAGCUCAUGUUCGGGCUCGUCUUCUCCCUCCGCUCCUUCACCGCCAAAAUGGAUCCCGUCAAUGGUGCAUCAGGCGAUGGCUGCUCCUUCCAUUCCUUCCGCACCAACACUUACAAGCUGAACUACCUUGAGACCCCCUCAGGCAUUAAGGCAAAGACUAUCGAACAUGCGAAGAAGCAUCGAGCAGAGCCAGUGGUGCUGUCGGUAUUGAGAGAGAACCUCGGCAAUGCGCACAACUCGGUCACUCUCUUCCCAGCGCGCGACGCCAUGAGCCAUGACCGCCUUGUGUACUCGGGCGACCUGUCAGCCGAAGACUUCAGAGCUGUUAAACAGAUUCGGCCGCUCUUACGCCUGGAGUACCUCCGAGGUCAAAACGCGGCGAACAUCAGGCACGGCUUGACGGGAGAGGUUCUUAUGAUGGUGGUGACAGAGGCGAGUGACGGCGAGUGGAACCAAAGGCCAGGAUUGAGUUUCAGGUGUGGACCGGAGACUGAGGCUCGAGUGUACAGCAACGGCCUGCCAGUAGGAAUCAACAUCUGCAGCAACUACCUCGCAAUCUCCCCGCCCCCGGUCCAGCAAGAUGGGUCCAAUUUCGACUUCGGUCCAUCCAUGGUGGAAUUGGUGAAGACAUGGGAGAACCGAGCUCUGGUGCUGUCGCACAGGGAGCCUGGUGGCUAUCCUGGGGCUAAAGUCGCCGCUUUCACUAAAGUGGGGGGUCACCGAGUAUCGGUCUUUCGAUUGCUGGAUAAGGGGGCGUUGGAUCCAAUCGUCGCGAUUGCCCUUUCUUGGUUCAAUGAUGUCGAGACGACUUUGUGA